AUGUAUUUCUCAACUCUCAUCCUCCUCGCUGGCACUGCCCUCGCAGUCCGACCCAGCUCACAACUCUUAGCACCUCAAUUCGCCAAGCGCCAGAAUGCUUGCUUCCUGAUCGGAUCUGAGGCCCUCCCGGAGGAGACCUCCGAGCUGGCCGCCUCUCUCGCUGGCACCGUUACGUGCGACACCUCGCAGACCACCAUCGACGGCGUCCCUGAUGUCUCCUCCGGCGGCGUCACUUUCUCCUCCAUCAACUUUGCCACCUCGGGCCAGACGCCUCUCGCCUUCGCUCUCGAUCAAUUCGCAACGACUGAGCCGCUGGCCAACAACGAUUUGCUAGUGUUCCAGAACGAGCUCAAUGUCUACCUCGCAACCGAAGCGGGCAUCAGAUCCGUCGGGGGAAACCUCGCCGUCAAGGUCCCCAAGUUCUUCAUCCAGUUUCAGAUGGCACGUAUUCAACAGGCACAGGGCGUCGUAUCCGACGUUCCCGGCAUGACGGUGGAGCAUCAGCUUGGAAAGGUGCUCAAGAACGCGGCUGGAGAGGACCAGGCUCUGCUGGACCAGGUAAACAAUUUGGCCGUUACUCUGAACUAG